UAUCAGGAAACAAAAUGGCAGCCAUUUAUAAUGUUUUAGCUUUAGUUCUGCUUUAUUCUUCCUUUGCCAAUGCUGCCGAGAAAUUCUGCGAAGACAUCGAUAAAAAUGCUUGUGAUUUACUCCAGAGAAUGCGGCCUGAUAUGUGCCAGGAUAGUUGUUUCGCAGAUGUUUGCAAAAAGACAUGCAACAUGUGCCCUUUAGUGUGUUAUCAGUGCAAUAGGGAAUUCUAUCCUGAGCUGUGUAAAAAGAAAAUUCAGUGUAAUGAAACCCAGAUGUGUGUUGCCUCUCAGGAACUUUCGGUGGAUUUCCUCCCUGUUUAUGUUUCUGGUUGUAUGGAAAAACAGACAUGCCUUGAUAUCUUUGGGGAAAUCAACACGGGUGCUACAAGAAGAUCUAAACUAGUAUUCGGACCAAAAAGAGACUACGCCUUAAACGGAAGUUGUUGCAGUCAAGAUUUAUGUAACGAACACGAUCCUCAAAAUACCGCAACUGCAGCACCGUCAACUAUAACAAGACCGACAGCUUUACCUGUAAAAUACGACGAAUUGUGUGAAUUGUCAGACUUAAAUACAGAAAUGUGCCAGAAUCUCUCGAAGGUGGACCGAAAUCUCUGCUCUCGUCCAUGCUUCGCUCAAAAGAUAUGUCCAACUACAUGUGGAACAUGUCGACUUUGUUACAAGUGUGUUAAUGUUAAUGAUCCAACAAGCUGUGUCAAAUCGCAAACUUGCCGCAAGAACCAGCAAUGUAUUGUUUUGCACACACUAGAUGACAAUUUCAAUCCAACGUACAAACUCGGUUGUGCCGACGUUAAUAUAUGCCAGGCUUAUUUUGGUGGAAUAGGAACAGCAGGAAUUGCGGGUGUGGCUGGACGCAAAAGAAAGGACGACGGACUGGCCGGACAUUGCUGUGACAAAGACUACUGCAAUGGUCCUCCUCCAACUACGACGACAAAAGCAACGACGUCACACAGCACCGCGGGAAUGAGUACUAACCACUGGACCAAUUCAUCCAAACUCACACUCCCAACAUUGCCAGUCCCAACCCAGACGACUCCUGCACCAGAUCCAGCAUGUGCAGAUGUUUCAAACAGUUGUGCCAUUGUCUCCCAUAGCAUCCUAUGUAACACAAAGGAUAACUCAUCUCUUACCUACGCCAUUGAAAAUUGUCCCAGUACUUGUCACCUUUGUAAAGAGUAUGAAGCAUGGAAAAAUUCACAAGUCUCUACAACCCCUGCAGCUACUCCGUUUCCCUGUGUUGAUGCUCUCCCAAGCUGUUCGGUUUAUGGUCCAGUGUUCUGUCUGGACUCUACUCCUGCGACCCGUCAAUACGUCAUUCAGUAUUGUGCCCUGACGUGCAACCUGUGCACAGAAUACUUCAAGUACAAAGAACAACAUGCGGCAAUUAGCGGAUAA